AUGACUUGUGAUGAAGUACACUUCAAAGCUGCUCAUGGCCGCAAAAGUGGGACGGAUCGGAGCCAAGUAGCACCACUGUAUCACAAAGCACCGGAAUUUCGUUCAUCGCGAGUACCUCCCAUCUUCAUUACGUACUUGACCAAAGGUACCGAGGAGAAAUCGGCUAUGUGA